GGUGCUGCUGUUCAAUUUUUUUUGAUUGCCUCGUGGAUUUGAUGAGGGAGAAGUGGUUCUUUCUGCUUCUCGUUGUCAAUUUAUUUCAUGGCAUGGGUUAGUUGUGGUACUGUCCCACAUCGUGCCGUGGUACGUGCACUCCAGUGCGUGUAGUAAGCCAUCAGUUGUUCGUGAUUUCCAACUCCUCAAGCCAAGAGACUGCCUUCCAUCAUGGAGUAUACGAGGAAGACCACUGUCAUUCUUUUGAUAGGUCUCUGUCUUGCUGCAGUGUAUGGACACCCAUCGUUGGAAGCAGGUCAGAGGUUGCUUGGAGUAAGAGAAUGGCGGUUCGAUGGUGAAGUGGAUGAAUCUACAGUGUCCUGCGUGCACGGCCAUUACCCCCCUCCAUUCUGUACAGCAACCAAUGUUGCUUUGAAGCAUGACACGAAGCACUUUAUAGUGUACUCUAAGGAUGCUGAUGUGGAGUUUGCUAAUCAAUAUCUCUUCCGGGUGUCAGCGGAGCCCAGGGACAAUUUCCCAGAGUGUCACCAAACCAUUGAAGAGGCAUAUGUUUUCACAUUCUACUUCUACCACGGACAUUCUAACUACUUCCACCUGCACAAGGACACGCUGUUCCCCAUAUUCUUGCUGUUGCGCCAGAGAACGAGUGACACACCGGUUGUUCUCAUGCCCGUGGUUGAGCUGAGAAGAAUGGCAGAGGUUGACUGGGACAGCGGUGCUUUCAGCGAGAAGCACCUUGACAAAUAUUUCAUUCAGACUCUGAAGACCCUUGCAGGCACCGACAAUGCUAUAUUGCCGCUGGACUCAGAUUUGAUCAAGGCCUCUCCUCAUGGACACACCUGCUUUCGAAAGGCCUUUAUUGGUGCACCAUCUCUUCGCUCAGUUGAAAGAAGCCCUUCUUUCAUGAGUGACUUUGUUGAGUUCAUGAUGGCACGGCUUGAUGUACAGCCAGGUCAUCCAGGCACACCGCUUGUCGGAAUCAUCAAACGAGCUGGCCGUCGUAAGAUUCUGAACGAGGACGAGUUGGUCACUGCCUGCAGUAGAUUUGUACAGACGGAGCUGGUUGAGUUUAGUGGCAUGUCCGUCCGCGAGCAGGUGUCAGCCGUGCAGAAAUACACCGUGCUGGUGGGAAUGAACGGUGCUGGGUUCAUGAAUGCCAUAUAUCUACCCAAGGGAGCUGUGUCGAUUCAACUGGCCCCGUACAAUGCCACACAGCUUAAUGUCAAGGAGUUCGGCGAGAUUGUUGGAUCGCGGGGCCCGUACCUGUUUUGGCGGAAUGAACACAGUGAUUUAACUCGCCCAGUACCUGGUGAUGUCUUCAAUAGCCAAGCAAAUACGCUGGUGCACGUCAGCGAAUUUGAAGCCCUGGUGCAGCAAGCACUGGCCCUGGGUGUGAACAAAGACUUAUGGACACCGGAAAGUGAAAGGAAAACUGAACUCUGAUUUUGGAAAUGGAAAACUGAGCAUGAUCAUGGCAAGAAUACCAUAGUUAAAUGGACAGCUACGUAAUUAUUUCAAUCCGCAGACCACUUUCUUAAAAUGGUAUUUUGGAAUACACUAAGUUAAAGCCAUAAUUGCCCUCAGCUUGUCAAAUGUAUGGGCCAAUGUUUACUGGCAAUGCUUUUGGUAAUCAACUUAAUCCCACCUUGCCUACGUGUUUCAAGUUUAAAAGGUAAGUCAAUGGUCUCUGGUUUGCUUGAAUCAUUCUUGACUUGAUUACAUCCUUGAAUCUUGCUCAAUGCUCCAUGCUGCGAACGCCUGGCUAACUGGUCCGGUCAAUGACGUCCUGUCAGAACAACUUCGAAGGGACCAGACUGCCAGCCAUAGCGAGCAAAGUCGCGUGCAUUUUAAAAGAAGAUACCUCGGUGAGUUAUAGAUAGCAAGCUGGAUGUUUGGCACCGUCGCGCGCUCAGAUAUCCUUGGCAUUGUUUAUCCUACAUGGAUUUGAAUAAUACUCCUCGCACUAACAUUGAA